AUGGCUCCAGGACUACGUGAUAUUGUCUGUAACCCACCCCCAGACCGACCCUACGACGCCCUUGGCGAUGCGAUUCUGGGCAGGUUUGGCAUGCCCGUAGAAUGCCACCUUAAACAAUUUCUGGGCGGCCUGCGUCUGGGAGACAACGGCCUUGACACGCCCACAAAACUUUUAAGUUACAUGCAGGGCCAGGCCGCAAGCCUGAACGUCGACGAAAAUAUCCUCCGUUUGUCUUGGCUACAAGCUCUACCAAAGAGCUUGUCGUCGAUGCUGCAGUAUUUCGGACAACGCUAUACCUUAAUGGAACUCGCCGAAAUGGCUGACAGAGCAUAUGCCGACCAGUUGUCCGUCCAAACUUUCACCCAACCAGCGCAUCCAAUGCCCUCCUCCGAAAACGCUGAAAUUGUAGCAUGCGUAAAGGCGUUAGUUGCGCAGGUUCGGGCGUUGACCACAUCACGCGACCGCCCGCGACAACGAUGUCGCUCGCGCUCCAACUACUGGAGCCGCAGCCCCCGGCGUCCUCGUUCUCGUUCGCCAUCGAAUGGUAUUUGCUGGUAUCACCGUCGUUAA